AUGGAGGAGGCUGUGGCUGUGGAGCAGGCCAGCAGGCCAUCUCUAAGAGACAAUCCAUGUCCAGAAGACAACUGCUGCUCAGUAACGACCAGUGACAGAGGUUCACCCGCCGUGUCAGAGCCAAUAACGGAGGGCAGCGAUGAGAUCGACCGGAAAACAGGAGACAGUAACCUGACAGACGAGGACGCGCCGCACGCGUUCUCGGAGCAGGACGCGUCGUCUGACCCGAACCCCAGCCGGAAGAAAAAGACCAGGACUGUGUUCAGCCGCAGUCAGGUGUUUCAGCUGGAGUCGACUUUUGACUUGAAGCGGUACCUGAGCAGUUCGGAGAGAGCGGGACUGGCUGCGUCUCUGCACCUGACGGAGACCCAGGUCAAAAUCUGGUUCCAGAACCGCAGGAAUAAGUGGAAGAGGCAGCUGGCGGCGGAUCUGGAGGCUGCUCACGUCCAAAACUCAACCCAGCGGAUUGUCAGGGUCCCCAUCUUGUAUCACGAGGGAGCAGCACCCACGGCGGCUCUGGGCUUCAGCCUGACCGGACACCCAGUCUCUCCACUCAGCAGCUCCAUGAUCAGCUACCCACUGUCCUCGUUUGCUCACUCCAUGAGCCUGCUGAGAUCACAGAUGAGUGGCCUGGUGUAAAGACUGACCAUGACUUUAAAACGAACUCAUUUGUUAAAAACACCGAAUCGUGCAAUAGCCCACAAUUAAACUGCUGACUGCAUCCAAAGAGCCGCAGAAACAGUGAUUACAACACAAACUCUGACAUAUCUGCUCCUGUCACAGCACAGGAGGUGAAUACACACGUAUUUUUUACAACUUUGAUAUUUAAAGCCACAGAUGUUUCCAACUUUGUCAC